CUGUGUAAAUAUGGACGUGGCGAAAGCUGUGUGGAUUUUGAGCUUCUUCUUGUUUGGGUUUUGUCAAUUUGCGACAUCAGAAGAUGAUCAGGGGAAUAGCUCCGGUCGUGAUGACAAACAUGUCGGCGUCUCUACGGGAAACGAUUACAAAUCGAGUUUGGAACUUGGGUCAAAAGAAAUGAACGAUAUUAGGGGAAACACUGGACUUGGGAAGAAUGAUGAUUGGAGGUUAGAGAAACGGAACGUAGGAAGGUGGAACAACCAACGUUGGCAGCUUGAAAAUCUGGCCAAUUCUCAUACUUUGUCAAAGAGGUAUUCUGAUAAAGAUCAUGAAGGGUUAGGUGACGGUUUUGACGUUUCUGAUGAUGCGGCCUAUUUAAAUUUCUUGCAAGCUUUCGGUAUUCCACCCGAUGAAGCGUUCCACGACGACGGUUUAUAUGGCAACCUUGACAAAAGGCAUGCGUCUAGAUGGAACAUUAUUCAACAAAAGCUUGCAUCUCUGUCUAGCAAGCGCUCUACUGAGCUUGAUAAAAGGAUGGAUAGUAGGUGGCGUCUCAUUCAGAAUAAGCUUAACCAAUUGAAUGGAAUCGCGAAUAAGCGAUCAACCGAUGAGUUGGACAGUUUAAGCGACAAUUAUGAAGCCAUAGACAAACGACAUCUUGGCCGCUGGAAAAACAGAAACUGGCUUAACAAACACUAUUCAACGAACAAUUAAUUGUCAAUUGAACAAACAAACCAACCGAGUCUUAUAUCAGAUAUUUGUAUAGGUAUGCAUGUCUAAUAACUAUUCGUGAUUUAAAUAGUUCAAGCUUUUCAGAGAGCAUUCUUAGUGAAAUUUAUGUUAUUUUGAAAAGACCUUACGGACCGGUUAAACAAACAACCUUAGAUGAGAAAAUAUAUUCCUGCCUAUAAUUCUGUUCUCCGAUUUGUAGAGAUAAGUUUCCUAUUAGGCAGUUACAAAGACCUUACUUCGUUUGUUAGUUUUGUUAUGCGCCUUUUUACCGUUAUCACAGUUAAUGUUGUUUUUUUCUGUACGAACACAUAUAAGUAGUUUAACAUUGUUUGUUAUUAUCUCCAAUUACUUACAACAAAGGUACAAUCAGUUGUGAGUCGUGUUCUGAAUGAUACUAACCUACUUUAACGAAUUUUGCCGAUCAAUUUCGCAUAUUUAUCAAUCACCUUUACCAUCGAACCGGUAAUGCAGCUCUGAUAUUAUUACACCGAAGAGAUGUAAGAAAACAGAUGAUAAGACAAUUGAAACAACAGUUUUCUUAGAUUAACAAAGACCCAGUCUAAAGGCCAAACAAUAGACACAAAGCUACACGACAACCAACUUAAGACUAUUAUCCUAAUAUCGCAAUUGUUUUAUGUUUAGGUUACCGCCUUGGCACUCUCAAUGUCAGAGAAAAAGCUAAUAGAAAAUAAAC